AGCAGGGGGAAGGAACGAAACGGUCGUUUCCUGUGCCGUCUGACGUCAUGUGGUUUAGCUGUUGCAUCAUGACUCAGAGGUUUUUCAGCUCCACGUGGCCCUAGGCCCUUCUCACUGCUGCUUGUUUAAAGGAAGAGUAAAAAGAAAAAAAAAAAAAGGAGGAGGACUGUGACCAAAAAGAGGGCAGGUCAGCGUGGCUUGUUAGCUACUCAGGAGGGAAUUGCUUUAGACUGCAGGCAGCGUAUCAGAAGUCUGCUUUACAUUGUGGGAACACCUAGUUCCUGUCUCAGCCCGACUGUCAUGAGUAUUUAAAUGCAGGCCGGCUUUCCUUCCACUGACUCGCACUGAGUGUGUGUGUGAGUGUGUGUGUGUGUGUGUGUGUGUGUGAGUGUGUGAGUGUGUGUGUGUGAGUUCUUAUAUCACCAUGGCUAAACGGAAGGCUCAGGAUCUCAGCAGUACACAAAAAUGCAAGGACCACAAUGAAGGAAAAGUUCAGUUAAAGAAGAAGGUGACGCUGCUGCGUGGGAUCUCCAUCAUCAUUGGAACCAUCAUUGGUGCUGGAAUCUUCAUCUCACCCAAGGGCAUCCUACAGAACUCGGGCAGUGUAGGAAUGUCCCUGGUGGUCUGGGUGGCUUGUGGGUUCCUGUCAUUACUGGGUGCUCUGUCCUACGCUGAGCUGGGAACCUCCAUUAAGAAGUCUGGGGGUCACUAUAUCUACAUCCUUGAGGCGUUCGGCCCGCAGGUGGCUUUCGUACGAUUAUGGUCAGAGAUCAUCGCUAUACGGCCUGCAGCGACGGCUGUGAUUUCUCUGGCGUUCGGACGAUACAUUUUGGAGCCCAUUUUUAUGCCGUGUGGCGUGCCCGAGCUUGCAAUCAAGCUCGCUACAGCAAUCGGACUCACGAUGGUUAUGUACAUUAACAGUAUGAGUGUGAGCUGGACAGCCAGGCUGCAGGUCCUCCUCACGUUCAGUAAACUUCUCGCCAUGGCCAUCAUCAUCGUUCCCGGACUCUAUCAGCUGUUCAGAGGUGAGACCAAACACUUCCAGAACGCAUUUCAGGUGGACUCGGUGAAGCUGUCUGACCUUCCCCUGGCUUUCUACUCGGGGAUGUAUGCUUACGCCGGCUGGUUCUACUUGAAUUUUGUCACAGAGGAAGUGGAUCGUCCGGAGAGAACCGUCCCAUUGGCCAUCUGCAUCUCCAUGGUGAUUGUGACCGUAUGCUACACACUGACCAACGUCGCAUAUUACACCGUGAUGUCAGCUGACGAGCUGCUUGCCUCAAGUGCCGUUGCGGUGACCUUUGCUGAAAAAGUUUAUGGAAAUUUAUCCAUUGCAGUUCCCAUCUUCGUGGCUCUUUCCUGUUUUGGUUCAAUGAAUGGAGGCACUUUUGCCAUCUCCAGAAUGUUUUACGUGGCGUCUCGAGAAGGUCAACUUCCCGAAGUUCUGUCUAUGGUUCACGUUCGCCGUCACACUCCGGUAGCUGCCGUAAUUGUUCUGUACCCCCUCACCAUGCUCCUCCUGUUUUUCGGAGACCUCUACAGCCUGCUGAACUUCAUGAGCUUCCUACGUUGGUUCUUCAUCGGCCUGGUGGUUGUCGGACUCAUCUACAUGCGCUACACGCGACCCGAAAUGCACCGUCCUUUCAAGGUCCCGAUCUUCAUCCCGGCGGUUUUCUCUUGUACCUGCUUCUUCAUGGUCUUCCUAUCUCUCUACUCUGAUCCGGUCAACACAGGGGUCGGCUUCGGGAUCAUGCUCACCGGAAUACCGGCUUACUACAUCUUCAUCGUUUUCGACAGGAAGCCCAAGUGCUUCCACAAACUCUCAGACUUUGUGAACAGAUCCUUACAGAUCAUCUUGGAGGUGGUCCCUGCCGAGAACUGACCUUUCCAGACACCGCUAUUGCAUCACUCGGUCUUUCAUUUUGUCUCUCUUAUAGAACAUGCUCCCUUCAUCCUGCUCUCAUUUUCAUUCCCCUUUUAUGUUUUAUAGAAAACAUUCCCCCGAGUGACCGCCUCACAAUUCAUCGCUCCGCGAGGGAGGAGUGAAACAGACCUUUCAGUGCUAAAAAAAGAAACAAACUUUCACUCUCUCGUUCGUCACAAUGCAGUUGUAACACGAUACACUUUCGAGGCCCUGGAUCGAUUCCUAGGCAUUUUGGAAUAUCAAAUCUUUUUUUUUUUUUUUGAGCGAUUGUCAGAGUAGAGAAAAGACAUAAUAAGUAAAUGUUUGAUAGUUUUAUUCUCGUUGUUUUCUUACAGAACGGUCUCAUGGAGUCUCACGGUUAGUCCGUGUUUAAGGUUUACAAACGUUCCAAUAGAGUUUUCAUUGAAACUCACGGAAGAAUUUAUUUUCUGAAUCACAGCAUGCUAAACUGGAGAUAGCAUAUGUGCCAUGUGCACUUUUUUGGAUAGGUACAUUCCUAGAAAAAAAUGGGUUCCUUUAGGGUACAUCGCAUACUGUAGUUACUAGCGCAAGCUUUGUCAGGAGGUUCUACGUGAAGUGUUUCAGAGAGAACGUUUAACGUUUCUAGGUUUUACCAAAAGGAAAAAAAUUGAAGAAUCAUCAAGAUACCAGCCUGAGUCCAUCAUCCAACCCCGACACCGACCCAAAACCGCAACAUUCCACCCCAACCUGCUACCCAACAAACCCAUCCCAGUCCAUUACCCAAUUUCUCACCCCAAAACAUUACCCAACAACUCCACCCAAACCCAUUACCCCAGAACCCCACCGAAACCCAUUACCCCAGAACCCCAUCCCAACCCAUUACUUCAGAACCCCACCGAAACCCAUUACUUAACUUCUCACCUCAAAACAUUACCCAACAACCCCACCCAAUUCCAUUACUCAACUUCACGCCAACCCAAAACCGCAAUAUUCCACCCCAGCCUGCUACCCAACAAACCCAUCCCAGUCCAUUACCCAAUUUCACACCCCAAACCAUAACCCAACAACUGCACCCAAACCCAUUACCCCAGAACCCCACCAAAACCCAUUACCCCAGAACCCCACCCCAACCCAUUACUCCAGAACCCCACCGAAACCCAUUACUUAACUUCUCACCCCAAAACAUUACCCAACAACCCCACCCAAUUCCAUUACUCAACUUCUCACCCCAAAACAUUACCCAACAACCCCACCCAAUUCCAUUACUCAACUUCUCACCCCAAACCAUAACCCAACAACUCCACCCCAACCCAUUACUCCAGGACCCCACCGAAACCCAUUACUUAACUUCUCACCCCAAAACAUUACCCAACAACACCAACCAAUUCCAUUACUCAACUUCUCACCCCAAACCAUAACCCAACAACUCCACCCAAACCCAUUACCCCAGAAACCCACUGAAACCCAUUACUUAACUUCUCACCCCAAACCAUAACCCAACAACUCCACCCAAACCCAUUACCCCAGAAACCCACUGAAACCCAUUACUUAACUUCUCACCCCAAACCAUAACCCAACAACUCCACCCAAACCCAUUAACCCAGAAACCCACUGAAACCCAUUACUUAACUUCUCACCUCAACCCAUUACCCAACCCUCAGAACUAUAUAGCUCUACCUAGAACUUUUUAAAGAUCUCAUUAAGGCAGCAGCCAUCUUUUAUGUGCCUAAUGUAUACCAUAUAAUGUGCUGGAUAACCUUUAGAAAGGAUUUCAGAGGGUAACUUGAAACGAUACUCAUAUUUAAUGGAAAAAGAAAAACUCCAGAAGAACAAAGUGAAAAAUGCUUAAAGAAAUCCACCCUACAGUCCACCUAGGGACUUGCAACGUUUUUUUUUUUUUUUUCUAAGAGUGUACCAAACUCUCCAGGACCAGAUCUGGUUCUCAAACUCCAUAUGUUCUGGUGACCUUUCUCACGGUUUAUCACUGAAAUAAGAAAACACUGGAAUGAAGAGUUCCUAAUACGUUCUAGUGCACUGUUUAGAAAUAGCUCUAAUGAAUCUAAUUACACUUGUUAUAUAUGGCUCAUACACUGACUCAAAGCAAUAGCAUGCUGCUUAUGGCUACCCCAUUAGCUUACCUCAGAUGGACAUAAUUAUGUAGAAAAUGAUCGAUCCUACAUGCCCUGCGGCGAAAAGCUGAACUGUACUACUUUUCUAACACAGACAUGAUGAAUUGGUACUUAGUCUGAUGAAAGAAGAAGAAAAAAAGGCAGUUGCUAGCUUCGGUUGUCCGUACGCUAACUUGUAAUGAGAAAAGCUAAGUCUAAUUCUCGUUCGUUUUAGCUGUGCUAGCAGUCUGAUUGUAUCAUAACCAUUCAUCUUUAACCUCCUGGGCAGUUAUCCUGAUUCUCCAGAGCUAUUUAAGUGUUUUAUACCUCAUAAAGAAAUUCCACACGGCCGUUAUGAUAACUACUGUAGAUCUGGUUGAAGAUUUGAUGUAUUGUGCUUUUUACUGUUGUUAGGAUUGUGUGGGAUGAGCAUUUCUGGAAGUCAUCAGAGAUUACGACUAGGACAGUGUUUGGAGAUAAUUGUCUCAACUAGGUUACGUUUAUUCCUUUUUUUUCUCAAACUUAAACAUAAAGACUUUUAUUUUAGCAAAAAAAUAAAAUUUUAGCAUUUUUUUUACUUUAAAUAAAUAUUUUUGUUAAAUAAAAUACGAAAAAUCAUUCAUACGAAAAAUAUUAGCUAAAAUUCAGAUCAACAUACAAACAAACCCAAAGGUCUGACAGCGCUAAUAAAAUUGCUUCUAGCAUUUUUUUAAUGUAACACAAAUUUUUGUCGCUAAUAAUAUUAUCAGUAAAAACGUUGGUUAAACUGCGAUCGAUUUAGAAAUAUUGACAUUUAGACAUUUUACAGAUUCUUUGUAAUCGGCAUGUCCCAUUAUCACUUUACGGUGUGCGCUUGAACCCGAUGAUCCAUGUUAGAUCAAAUCCACCGGCGUUUUGUCAGAGCAUGUGCUUCAAAGUAAGGGAUCGGCCUCACAGGGAAUCUAAAAGAAUUAAAAUUCGCUUAAAUUUAAAUCAUUUAGAAAUUUUGUUUAAUAACUUGAAUUACAGAGCAGUUGAGAUUCUACACAUUUCCUUAGUUGCUUUAGAUUUCAAAAAAUAUUUCUAGUUUAAAAUAUUAAAUAUUAUAUAUAUUUUUUAUAUUAUAAUUUUUAUAAUAUUAAAAAUGAAAUCUUUUAGACUUCAUCGUAUAUUAAAAUUCAUUUUGCGUCACUUAAAAUGUAUCUAAAAAAAAAAUUCUCAAUGAAGAAACAUUUCUUAAGUAAUGAUCUGAAUUAGCAGCUCAUCAGGGGCUAAUGUCGAUUUGUCAUCGCAUUAAUUGUUCAGAUCGUGCAGACCAGAAAUACGAAUUUUCCGGUUGUUGUUAUAUUUUGCUUUAAAGCGAAAAACUGGUUUGAAAUUCGAAUUUUUUUCAUAUGCAAAUCGAACGAACGCAAUAAUGUAGACUUCUCAGCUGCACUAGAAGAAUUGUAACUCUGUUAUUUAGGUAUGAAUGUGGUUUACAAUGCGCACAUUUUGAUAUUGACUAGUGAAGGUUUAAAAACUGUAUUAAAAAAAAAAGUAUUUUAAUAUGUAGAAUUUUCUAUAUGAUGUGUAGAAAAAUUCUGUUGGAAUACUUACUGCUGUAUGAAGUAAUAUAUAUAUAUAUAUAUAUAUAUAUAUAUAUAUAUAUAUAUAUAUAUAUAUAUAUAUAUAUAUAUAUAUAUAUAUAUAUAUAUAUUGAAGUAGUUCAAUGCACUUGAUACUUACGACAUUAACACUAUUACUUUCAAUUAUUUAAUACGUUCCUAAGACCUUUAGUACUGUUUAUCUCUAUUUUCUUGGUAUUUCUGUUAAUAAUCAUAUUUGUACAUUUGUCUUGUCAUACUCUCUAUGUGUAUUUUCUUAUUUAAAAAAAAUCCUUUUUGUUUUUCUUGACAUUUUUCUGUGACAGCCAAUAACUGUGUACAGACUCGUAGAUUUGUAUCCAAGCACAUUUUUUUUUUUUUUUGUAAUAUUCUACUGCGAGUUGGACAGGAAAUCAAUAUCUCGGAUACACAAGACAGGGAUAUCUGGAUUAGAAUACUGAACAUGUUCUCCAGAGGUUGGAGUUUGAUAAAAACAGAUGAUGUAAGGCUGGUGAAAGUGCUGCAUCUGGUAAAUGUGUACAAAAUGUAAUUUAAAGAUCUGCUGAAAUGGAGUCUUUUAAAAUGUCAUUUUUUUUUUAACAUGGUAUUGAAUAUUCUUCUGUUUACACUUUUUGUAUACUGUAGUUUCUAGAUUGACUAAAUGAAAAGUAUUUAAA